AGAUAGUAAGAUAGGCAGAAUUAUGACAUAAGGGACUACUAGACAAAACUGAAUGAGCAACACAUUUGAAAAGUGAUAAAAGGAUCUAGCAUUCAACAGGGAGAGAGUAAGCUGGGUGUGUCUUGAACCUGGUUUCUUCUCAUCAACACUUCAAAUAUGUCAUUCCGACUGGUCCGACAGAGCAAGUUCCGUCAUGUAUAUGGCACAUGUUUAAAGAGGGAACAGUGCUUCGAUAAUAUACGAGUUAGCAAAUCGUCAUGGGACUCUACGUUCUGUGCCGUUAAUCCAAAGUUUUGUGCCAUUAUAGUUGAAUCUGGUGGAGGUGGCGCUUUUAUUGUACUUCCCCUCACCAAAGUUAACAAGGAAGGUAUUUGGGAACCAGAUAGAAAGGGAAUCUUGGCUGGUCGUAUCCCACCUGACCAUCCACUGGUGGGUGGGCACAAGGGGCCAGUCCUUGACAUAGCUUGGGAUCCCUUCAACGAUAAUGUUAUCGCCUCAGGCUCAGAAGACUGUGUGGUCAAAAUCUGGCAAAUUCCCGACUUUGGUCUGGUGACGACUAUGACAGAGCCAGUGGUUGAUCUGAUGUACCAUCAACGACGUGUUGGAAUGGUUGUAUGGCACCCCACAGCCAAUAAUAUCCUUCUCUCUGCCGGGUCCGACAAUAUCGUUGUUAUUUGGAAUGUUGGGUGCGGAGAUCCACUCACUACCAUUGAUGUCCAUCCAGACAUCAUUUACUCCUGCUGCUUCAACUGGGAUGGCUCUCUGCUCUUAACCACUUGCAAGGACAAGAAAAUAAGGAUAAUUAAUCCAAGAGAUGGUGAAGUGUUUGAGGAAGCAACAUCACAUGAAGGUAGUAAGGCCACACCCAUCUUCCUCCGCAAUGGACUGGUAUUUACAACAGGGUUCAGCAAGCUUGAGCGCCAGUAUUCAUUACGGGCUCCCGGUCAUCUAGAUGACCCCAUCACCAUGGUGGAGCUAGAUUCAUCUAAUGGUGUGAUGUUCCCUAUGUAUGAUGCUGAUACCAACCUUGUCUACCUUGUGAAAAGUGCUGAAAUUGGUAUAGGAGAAUUUGAGGUUUUACCAAACUUCAAUAGGUGUGAUAGAACAGCCCAGAUUGUACCCCUGAGCUCAGCUUCCCUUCCACUUGCACCAGGGUUGAUGUCCCUAUCUAUCCACCAACAGGAGAUGGUGCCUGUCACAUCUUGUUACAAAAUUCACUCUGUGAGGAAGCAACCCGUGCAAGGUCAUGUGGUGCAUGCCCCAAGCACUCUUUCUGCCAACACGGUCAACAACAAUUGUGACAUGGCCCCAGAUGAAGUGUAGAUGCAAGAGACUACCAGAUCUGAGUCCCUCUGAUCCAAGAAGCUGGUGAUGUUUAAGCGAGUUAUGGAGUUUGCAUUCUCCAUGCAAAGUCCCAGCAUCACACGGCCAGUCACAUGCAGAGAUGCAGUUGAAAUGAGACUGGGAUAUUUACAGCUCUCACAAUGAAUCUACUCGCCAAUAUAUAGAACCGUAAUCGUGUUAAAUAUUGUCUUAUGUAGCCAGUUCCCAAGUAAACUUCAGAAAGGUUGUACACAGUAUAGAGAGAGAGAGAGAGAGAGAGAGAGAGAGAGAGAGAGAAAGGUGUAUUUGUGUGUUAGACUGGUGCAUCAAUUGAUUAGUCAUGUGAGCCAAGUGAAUGUGGAGACUUUGUACAUAAUGUUUGUGUUGAGGACUGUCUUCAGUCUAUUGCUCAGUAGUAACCAACCAGCUGUCCAGCCAUAGCCACAUUCUUUAACUUGAUGUUGGUUGUUAUCAACCAUAGCCUUUUGUUUCAUAACCUACUACUGGUUGUAUGUUUCAAACUCUGUUGAAUGUUAGAAUCAUGUUUCCCCUUGUAAUAAGCUAACAGGAUCACUGUCUUUUCACUACUAAUUUUCAAAAUACAGAAGUUGAAUGUGAAUGCUUUAGUUUACUAUAACUAUUUAAUAUUUAAUAAUAAAAUCUUUAAAAUCUAGAAGGGUAAAUGUCUACUGUACAAAAUAUCUGUUCAAAGUUGUACAAUUUUAAUAUUAAACUUUUUCUUAGAGAAGUAUGUAGAUAAAAGAAAGCAAAAUUUUAAGUAGGUACUGGAAAUAUACCGAUUUCUCUAGGUGUAAAAAUGUGUAGUGUACAGGUUCUGCUGAAAUUGUUGGCUGCUUUUUUUACUUUUAUCAUUACUUACCUCUUUUAUUUGGCUCAGUGCAGUUCCUAUGCAGAGUGUCUGCUUAUUAACAGCCACUAGUGAGGUUUACCAUAGCUUUACUUGAGUAACCAUUAGGUUGAUCAUGUCCAUCAGGUUAUGUUACAGUGUGUCCCCAUUGUAACUUUGGUUCAGGUCCAGAACUGCCAUUGACAAUGUACAGCUCAGAAAGGUCAAAUCUAAACUCAGUCUGUAAUAGCUAUUCAGGGUUCAGACUUUGAUCUCAUUUAUCUUGGCAUUGCAGUUCAGACUUGCAACCUUGUCAUCUUCAUCUUUCCUGUACUUCUGGGUAUCUACCUUUGCCCAGUAUUCAUCAGAUUUAAACUAUUUAUUAAUAUUUGUUGUGUUAGACUAAUGUUUCCCAAGUACAGUAGGAAUAUCAUGGAACAGAGAGGCAGUAAUGUGGCAGAUUCUCAGGUGGCUACAGGUGUUAGGAACUUUGGCCAUCACUAAUAAUAAGUAUAUUAAUAUAAGACAUUUACAAGGGCAAGUAGUUUUGUCCAUCAAAUGCAAGUUGUAUUGGUUGAUUCAUUGGUUACUUUAUCACUCUUAUACCUCCAUCUCUGGCCACCAUCCUGUCUUAAUGUUCCUUUGGAGGUGCUCAGAAUCAGCACUGGUAUUGUGUAUUUACAGCUCAUUUUGUUGUCUUGCAGAUGGUGACCCCCCCCCCCCCCCCUUUUUUUUUGUCAGGUUUUGCAAGUUAUUGCUUACGCCUGUAAAAAAUUAAUUCUUGAGUGUACAGAAAAUUGCAAUUUAUUUUAAAAUAAAACUAAAAGAAAUUAGCAUUCAACAGUUGUAGGUCUCCUUUAAUUACUUCUGAGAAAAGUUAUCCAUUAUAUAACCUUUAAGCUGUAGAUACAAGACUCCUUGUUUUGAAGCCAAAGCCUUUGUGAAAGUAGCUAUGGGCUACAUUCAGUAUCUUUUAAAAAAGUUUAUCAAAAAGGGAAUAUGCAGUAAUGUUAUACUCAUUAUUUUCUUAUAACAUAGAUGAGUUGCUGCAUUGUUUCCAGGGAUGAUAACUUGCUUAGCGACAGUUAUUUUGUAUUGUUGUGUUCGUUAGUAAGGGAUGGGGUAGUCAAGAACAAGAAACUGAAACCAGUUUUUUUUUUUUUAAAUAUACUCAUUAAUGUUGAAAGUUGUAAUAUGAAGAACAGGGAGAGAAUUGUAAGAGGCUUAGCAAGAUUUUUAUUUGCUCAAUUAUUGCACUUUCAAUUAGUAUGACUUAUUUCAAGAUCUUAAAUUUAAAAAAAAAAAAAAACCACUUGUACGUCACUUGAGCCUCAUAAAUGUUUGUAUGUGAUUCAGUGUUUGUUCA